GGUGAAUCUUGGCGGCAAAUACGUAAAAUUGUGAACCCAAGCUUCCGAACAAACGUACUGGCAUCUUUUGGUGACAGUUUCAGUUAUCACACGAAAACAUUUGUUGAACGGCUUGAGAAACACUCCGGCUCGGGGUGCGACGUUGAUCUAUUUGUACCUGUUCACUUGUGCACAAUUGAUUUUAUUUGUGAGAACAUGAUGGGUUGUCGCAUGGAUGUUCAAAAGAAAAACUUGACCCACAUAUCAACUAAUUUGGAGAAAUCGACGCAAAUGAUCUUUACGAGAAUGUUUAACAUACUUUUGCAACCGGAUUUACUGUAUUCUCUCCUUGGAAAACAGAAAGAAAUAGAAGGUUUGGUGAAAGAUAUGAGAGCUCUUGCAAGAGAGAUGGUGGAACUUCGAGCAAAGCACAGAAAUGAUAUCAAGAACUCAGAAGACACAGCAGAACCAGUCCAGAUAUUCAUGGAGAGUUUACUAAACAGUGUCGAAUCUGGAGCUCUCACAAAAGAGAGAGCCGUCGAUGAAACUGUUGAAAUGUUUAUUGCGGGCUCUAUCACCACAGCAACAACGAGUGCUUGGAUCUUCAAGAUACUUGCAAUGCGGCCUGACAUCCAAAAAAAAGUCUUUGAGGAAAUUCAGGAGACAUGCAGCCUUGACAAGCAAGAAAUCUGCCUUGAUGAAGUAUCAAAGCUCGAAUAUUUGGACAUGGUUGUGAAAGAAACGCUGAGGCACUUUGCUGUUCCUUUCGUCGGUCGCCAACUUGUUGAGGACCUUAAAGUUGACGAGACAACCACAAUUCCUGCAGGCGUCCAAGUUAUGCCGGUAAUCUUUUCCUUGCAUCAUAAUCCUGAAUAUUGGCAAAAACCAAAGGAAUUUUACCCUGAACACUUUUCCCCGGUGAACGAACGCAAACGAGUAAAGGGUGCAUUUGUUCCGUUCUUAAGUGGACCAAGACACUGCCCUGGGAACAAAUACGCUCUGCAGUCCAUCAAGUUCCUCGUUGCCAACACUCUACUCCACUACGAGUUCUCCUCCGAUGAAAAAUCGCCAGAGGACUUUUUCAACGCCAACUACCGCAUUUUGUUCAUGAUGUGGCCGUCUUCUGGAUUCCGCGUCAAGAUUAAGAAAAGGCUUGUCCAAGGUCUCAGCAGUCUCGCUGGUUAGGCUUUAACUUUUGGGCACUUCAAAGAAGACAGAUUUGACUGAAAAACGACCAAGUGUACCUGACCAAAGAUGAAACCUUUGAAUUUUAGGCACUAGUUAGUUACAGCCUAGUACUAUGCCCGGCUGUGCCAUUCUCACAAGCAAGGCCAAGUCCACUUAAAAGGAUACAAGUCAAGAUGGCCUAUUGUGAUGAGAAUGCUCCUUUGGGCCCAAAUUGAGGCCCUUAAAGAAGAAUUUGCUGUACUGCCAUGCUAAGGAAGAGCGCCGUAUGAACA